AUGUGUAUAUGUGAUAGUGAUCGAUUUUCAAAUUGUUUCCAAUUUAAUAAGACAAUAAAAUAUGAUUGUAGUGGAAAAAUUCUUUGUUAUAAUGAUGGUCAAUGUUUUUUCAACAAUGAAACCUGUCCAACAGCAUUCAUUUGUGUGUGUAAUGAUUGUUACUAUGGAAGACAGUGUCAAUUUUCAACAAGAGAUUUCAUUUUUUCACUCGAUCAAAUUCUUGGAUAUCAUAUUAAACCAAGUAUUUCAGUUCAUCAACAACCAUUUAUUGUCAAAUUCAGCAUUAUUACUACAAUUAUGUUGAUUUUAGAAUUAAUCAUCGGUUCAUUAUCUAUAGCAACAUUUAAAGUGAAAACAUCAAGAGAAGUUGGUUGUGGUUACUAUCUUCUCGUAUCAUCGAUUAGUUCAAUGUGUAUGAUUAUUGUAUUAACAAUUAAAUUUUGGCAACUUGUACUUUCACAAAUGUCAAUCAUAACUAAUGGAUCAAUAAUGUUUAUUGAUUGUAUUUCAAUUGAAAUAAUUCUUAAAUCUUGUUUAGUAUCAAGUGAAUGGCUUAAUGAUUGUGUAGCUAUGGAAAGAAUGUUUAAUGUUAUCAAAGUGAUUUUUGUUGUUAUUAUUUUAACGAUACUGUCACAUAUUCAUGAUUCACUUCAUCGACAAGUGAUUAAUCAUUUAAAUGGAGAUCAACAACGAAUAUGGUAUUUAUCUCAAUAUUCAUCUACAUUAACUAGAUAUAACAAAUUUAUUACUCUCUUUCAUUUUCUUGUUCCUUUUUCAAUUAAUUUGAUAUCUGCUUUUGCAACUAUUAUAGUAGCAGCUCGUAGCCGUGUAAAUGUAGAAUCGAAAUUAUCAUUUAAGCAACACUUUCGAUUGAAACUUAAACAACAUAAAAAUAUUAUUAUUGCACCUAGUAUAUUGUUAGUAUUAGGUUUGCCACGUCUUAUUAUUUCAUUCACAUCAGGAUACAUGAGAUCACCACGUCAAUCUUGGUUAUAUUUGAUUGGUUAUUUUGUGUCCUUUAUUCCAUCAAUGUCAACAUUUUUUGUAUUUAUUUUACCAUUAAAAAAUUACAAAAGAGAAUUCGAUAAAACAAUACAGCGAUGGAUUCGACCAUUCCGUCGAAGAUUUUAA